AUGUAAGAUAGAUCUAGAAUUAUUGAAAUGAAAUAACUGCUUAAGUUACUUUAAUAAAUUAAUUAACUCUAAAUCUAGAAUGAAGAGUCAGAAAAACAAAAUAACAAAGAUUCUUAUCAUAAUGAUCAACAAAUUAUUAAUGAUAUCCAAAUUAUAUUGAAUCUAGAAGAUGAUAAUAAUCAACAAACAGAAAAAGAUGAUAAAUUAUCAGAAAAGGAAACUAUUUCUAAUAAACAAUUUUAUUAAACUUCUAAAUAAAAUUUAAUUGAACUACGAAAAACUGAUCGUUAAGUUAUUUUCAACACAAAUAAUCAUUCUUAUGGAUGCUAAAUAUGCUAAAUUGAUUACAAACUAUUGAAAAAUCUCCUUAAUCAUUAAUACAGAUUUCAUUACAAAACCAAAAAAACCAAGAAUCUUAUUUAUAAAUCAAUUUCAUGA